GUGGUUGCACAGUGUCGUCUGCUACGCAUUUUCCGUCUGUUAAAGUUUAGCCGUUUCGCGUCUUCGACAUUCGUCGUCCAUUGGAUGACUUCUUCUGGAAAGGAUUUCUGGUUUUGUCCCAGCGUCUUUCUUGGAGAGAAGUGUUUUGUUUGCGUCGUCUGCUAGUUUCCUCCGUGGAGGACUGAGCUUCCGUGAAGCAACCGGAUUCCAAGUUUGGCAUUGUGAAGAUACGUGAUAUGAUGGUGCCAGUAGGAGAUGGUGAUUUUGCUGCGAUAUAGGAAGUUUAUUGAAGGACUUUCUUAAAGUGCAGCAAAUCAACAAACGACAGUCCCACUCUCCCGACGAGACGUGUUGCAACACCUGCCAUGCCAGACCCGAGUAGUCCCACGGGAGCCGGCUCGAGUCCCGGGUUGCGAAGCCGCCGAACUGCUCUCGCAAAUGCUGCGGCGUUCGCGAUGGUCAUCCUCUCUGGGUAUCUCGCAGCGACGGCGAGGAAUCAUAAGCACUGGAGCAGGAUGGUCGAAGGUCAGCCGACUGUCGGAUUUGUGCAGCGCUUGGUGGUGACGUUAAACCGAUUUCAACAUCCAGCGCUUUUGGCGACGGGCAGUGCCAUGGUCGUGCUGUUGAUGAUCAGACUUGUCAACAAGAUGAGUCAUGGGAACAGUUGGAGGGACGAUUCGGACGACCAAAACAUGUUGGGACAGACUGUCAUUGUCACCGGUGCCAAUGCAGGUAUAGGGUUUGAGACGGCAAGAGACCUGGCCCGCAGGCGGGCCCGCGUCAUCCUGGCCUGCCGAUGUCGCUCUAAAGGGGAGGAAGCUGCACAGAUCAUACGGCAGGAGACCAACAACGCAGCUGUGGUAUUCCGCCACUUGGAUGUCAGUUCUUUGCGGUCCGUGCAGACAUUUGCGAAGGAAAUACUGGCUUCGGAAUCAAGGCUGGAUGUCCUCAUCAACAACGCAGGCAUCACGAGCCCAAAAGGAAGGAGGUUAACCAAAGAAGGUCUAGAAGUUACCAUGGCAACGAAUUAUCUUGGACCAUUUCUGCUGACCAAUCUCCUACUAGAGCUUCUUCAGCAGAGCUCUCCGAGUCGAGUGAUCAACGUGACAUCGUCUCUGUACCACCUGGGAAGGUUGGACUUGCAGGACCUGAACUCUGAGAGGUCGUACGGCGGAGUAGAGGUCACCUACGCGACAAGCAAGCAGUCACUCAACCUUUUCACUGUGGAAUUGGCUAGGAGACUUCGUGGCACGGGAGUGACUUCAAAUGCUGUGCAUCCCGGGAUCGUCGCCACAGAGUUCAACAGCAAGGAACACGACUUCCGGCAUUUCUUGUGGAACGCCUUUCUGCACAUCUUUGGGAAGACGCCGCAAGAGGGCGCACGAACUUCAACCUACCUUGCAACAUCGCCGGAAGUUCAGGACGUCACUGGGAAGUACUUCGUGGGGUGUCAGGAGGUUACGCUUUCGCAGAAGUCGCGCGAUCCCGACGUAGCCGUCAGGUUGUGGAACAAGACCGAAGCCCUGGUGCAGAGAACUCUCAGCAGCCUGGAAGUGGAAGAAACUCGCGUGCUCGAGGUAGUGGCCAGCGUAAGGAACAUGGGAGUGUGAAAGUGUACCCAGUACAGGGUGCAUGGAGUCUGAAGCGCAUAAGGUUGCGGUAGAAGAAGCAACCUCUGUUUCCUGACAGUGAAAGACUACUGCGGAAGAAAGGCACGAGCCUUCUGCUAUUGCCUUUGCAAGAUGAUAAUGCUGGAAACGAUUAUCAAUGAAAAAAUGGCUAGGGAAGCGAGCUGGUGAAGAUGAUGCAUAAUGUAAAACCCCGAGACUAGGGAUCACGAAGUCUCAAACAUUGUUUGAGAAGUGUUUGAGACUUCGUGUUGUGUCUGUCCCUUCGUGUUCCCUAUAGUCUUGGGGUUUUACAUUAUGCACGACUAUCAAGACAGAGCGAAUGGGCAGCAGACGAAACGGAGUUUCGUGUACGGACUUAUAUAGGCAUUUUGAGACGGUUCAGUUCACGAUAGACGUGGAAGUAUUUGUGUAUCCGUAAGGUCGUCUCGUUCUGUCAGUGCUACGAGGAGUGCCAUAAAGGAUAAGUAGGAAAUACGUGAAGCUGCAUGCGUAUUUCCUGGUAUUUUGUACGUGCGCAUAUGACGCAUCGCACUCAUCGACUCGUGACUCAUCGUUGUGCAGGGAAUAGAACGAAAGAGGGGAAAAAAUGCUCACUUUUCAUAGCAUUAUAUUGGAAGCAAUCUCGUGAUUUGACGCAAGGAGUCACAGCUCGAAAUAUCAAGAAAAGUACCUCCGAUAUUAUGAGCGUGUUUCUGAUGGUACGCAAAGCGCACAUUGCCGCUUCGUUCGCUCACAAAUUACUCCUGGGUGCACCGCAUGAACACCGUUCCCUUUAUAUUAGUGUCUAGGUAAGGAUAUCUGAGGGAGAAGAGGAAAGUGUAGUGUGGUAGAUCAAGAUCUUCUUGCGAAAUGAAGCACCGCACUGAUAAGGCACCAUCCAGCCACCAUCACAAGUUCUUGAACUUUUCGGUACAUUGCGCUGUUGUGAAUCCCCGGAUGUGUGCCACAGAAAGAAUUCCAAAAUUAUAAGGAGGUGACCCGUUUAAUCUUCAAUUAUAUUUUGGUAUAUGUUCCCAUGGUUUCACGAGCGUAAAUAAAUCUCCAGUAAUAAUAGCGUAUAA